AUGGAUGGCACGCACCAUAGACACGCCCGUACUGAAACCGCGGAUACUGUAGACUCGACUGCGACUACGCUGCUUGCAAGUGCUUCCAGCAGCAAGCAACCCAGCUUUGAGGAAGGAAAUCGAUGUGCAAAUGCCGGACUAGCAUCUCAUGAACAAACAAGCCAUGUGCGUAGACGUAGGAACACGUUAGACGAUGUCUAUACAGAGGACGAGGACGGAACAGAAUCCGAUGAGCACGAAGCAUUACUCUCCCGAACCAAGGCCACGCGUUCCAACGAUCUGACCAAUGUCGCAAACACUGCCCAUGCCGUUGACGAGGAUGGAGGCGAUGCACCUCCACCACAAAGCAACGCCAAACCUGAGCCCGUAGCCUGGCGAGAUCUUCCAAAGAAAGGACAACUCACAAUCCUCACGCUUGCACGCCUCUCUGAACCACUAACGCAGACAAGCUUGCAAAGCUAUAUGUUCUAUCAACUGAAGAGCUUCGUUGGACCUGAUGGACAAGCCCCAAGCGAUGCCGUCGUCGCUCGACAAGCAGGGCUUCUCGCUGCUGCUUUCACGGGAGCACAGUUCCUGACAGCCAUGAUGUGGGGACGACUGGCCGAUAGCGAGUAUAUGGGGCGCAAGAGAGUGAUACUUAUCGGACUGCUGGGAACUGCCAUCGGAAGUCUGGGCUUCGGCUUCAGCCAGUCUUUCGCCGAAGCCAUGUUCUGGCGUGCAAUCGGUGGAGUACUGAACGGGAACAUUGGAGUCAUGAGGACGAUGAUUUCGGAGAUCGUGAAGGAGAAGAAAUACCAGUCGAGGGCGUUUCUGCUCAUGCCGAUGACAUUCAACAUUGGAGUGAUCAUUGGCCCGCUGCUUGGUGGCAUUCUGGCUGAUCCUGCUGGGACUUAUCCCCAUAUCUUCGGACCUGGAGGGACUUUUGGAGGAAAGAACGGAGUGUGGUUAUUCAUGCACUUUCCAUAUGCGCUGCCGAAUUUGAUCAACGCCGCCUUCUUGAUCGUGAGCACGAUUGCGUUAGUGCUUGGACUGGAAGAAACGCUGGAAGGUCUGCGAGGCAAAAGCGAUUGGGGUCUUAAGCUUGGUCGACUGUUGAUGAGGAUUGUACGCAAGAAGAGAGCGAUGCAGCAAGAUUAUGCGCCACUGGAAGCUCGUGAGGGAAGCGUGGAUGUCGAAAUGAGCACAUCAGAAUCUGCACAACACAACAAACCCGCCAGCAUCAGAAGGAAGCUCCCAUUCUGCAGGAUCUGGACCAAGAAUGUGCUCUUCACUCUCCUGGCACAUGGCCUCCUGGCAAUGCACGUCGGGACAUUCAACAAUCUCUGGUUCGUCUUUCUGUCCACGCCACGAUAUAGUCCCGACUCCCGACAGGAAAAGCUACCAUUGCCAGAAGGCUAUAAACAACACCUGCCGUUCACCUUCACUGGCGGCCUCGCUCUCCCUCCCCCAGCAAUUGGAACUGCCCUCGCCAUCCUCGGCGUUAUCGGCAUCUCCCUCCAACUACUCGUCUUCCCUCCUGUCAGCUUCUGGCUCGGCACAAUUCGCUCUUAUCGCUUGAGUCUCCUUCUUUUCCCUAUAUCCUACUUCCUCGCACCCUACCUCGCCAUCGUUCCCAGCACGUCUUCUCCGCCCGCUCAAGCUUCCGGACUACUUAUCUGGCUCUAUAUCACCUUGGUCCUCGCGAUUCAAGUCAUGGCCCGGACGUUCGCGCUACCAAGUACUGCAAUAUUGGUGAACAAUGCGAGUCCACAUCCGAGCGUGCUGGGGACGAUCCAUGGCAUUGCGCAAAGUGUAAGUAGUGCUACGCGGACGAUCGGACCGGUCUUGGCGGGACAUAUUUAUGGCGUCGGGCUGGAGAGAGGGGUCGUGGGUGCGGCUUGGUGGGGUAUGGCUGCGAUUGCCGUCUUAGGGGCAUUUGCGGACCCAGAUGUCAGGAUGGACUUCUGGCNNNAAGGUGAAGAGAAAGAGGAUGGGAAUGCAGACACGCCGAUCGACGACUCGUUGACCUUCAGCAAAAUGCCGACCAGCAAACAAGGCGAGAAGAGAACGGUAACGCCGGAAGAGAAAGCACAAAAGCAACAUUUCGAGAUUGAGCGCACUGAGAAGCUACGCCAGCAUUACCCAUCAUGGACUGGCACAUAUCGCUCGGGCGGCAGCCCUAAUCUCAAGACUAUCGCCACCUUCAUGAAUCUCGCCGACGAGGAAGAGGCGGUCAAGAUGCUCGAUCACAUGCGUAGCUUUGUGUUCGAGCCAGGAACUGGCUACACGAGACCUUUCAACGAAAUGUCCCUCUCCGCGAAGAACCAGGCAUUUCGAACACUCAUACAAGACGACAGUCAUCCAUUGCAUGUUUACGCUCUCAAUCAAGGCCUUGAGAGAGUGUCGAGAAACGCAGUUACCUUGAAGGAGAUUUUCAGCAAGCAGCUCUUCGCGGAGCAUGACUGGCCAGAGUCAGCCGGCGAGCCAGAUGAACCCACUUGGAA